AUGAACCAAUCACAAGUAAUUUCAUCUGAGAUCAUCAAAAAAGCAUAUUUGAAAAAUGAAUGUUCGAAAGACGUCGCCCUCAUAUUGUCGUUGGAACGAGAAUUUGACUGGCGAAUUAUCACCAAAUUAAAUCUGAGUCUUUUAAAUAUAGUGCACAUUGUUGGAUUAAGGUUGGUUACAAAUCUAGAAUGUUUGACACUGUCACAUAACAAAAUCAAAAAAAUCGAAAACCUAGAUUGCCUCACGAAGCUAGUAGAACUUAACCUAUCAUAUAACAGAAUAACAACAAUUGAAAAUCUAGAUCAUUUAACAAAGUUAACUGUUUUAAGCUUGAGUGGCAACAAUAUUUCUGAAUUAAAAAAUUUGGACAACUGUUCACAGUUACAAGCAUUUUACAUAAGCCAUAAUGAGAUAACCGACAUUAAUCAAAUAUUCUAUUUGAAACGUUUCAAGUAUUUACAGUGCAUGGAGUUGUCAAACAAUCCAGCUACUGAUGGUAAUAGACAACUAAUUGUUGAUCAAUUUCCAAAGUUAAUAUAUCUCGAUCAUAGACAUAUUACGGCUGAGGAACGCUCAUUACCUAUAGAUACGAAUGAUGAAUAUAGUUUAGCAAGUUCAGAAGUAUUGGGAGACUCGAACAUUAUACACAAAGCUUUUUUAAAUGAAACAGAUGGUAUACAAUUUUUUGAUUAUUUAUACCAUGAAGAUGUUGAAGGUGAAUUGCUGAGUAAAUGGAACUCAACUGUUAAGGCGGCAUUUGCCAAAUAUAAGAAACAAAUUACUGAUGGUGCAAUGGAAUUGUAUAAUACAAGUCUAGAAAAACUAACGGUGAGAGAUGAGAUGUUUUCCAAGUUUAAAAUGAGUCAUAACAGAUUUGAAAGAAAAUUGACUUAUGAGAGCCGUGAUAUUUUAAAAGAGUUUGAAGAAAUAAGAAGAAUUAGGAUGGAUGAUCCCGUAGAAGAGCAAUCAUAUGAUUUUGAUUCAAAUGAAAAAAGCAUUGUACAGGGUUCUGAUAUAAUUGACCAUUUAAGUCAAAAAUUUUCGAUUGAAACUUUCAUUGAUGUUUACGAAUACGAGAKWACUGUCUUGAAAAGAAAAUUGCACGAAAAAAAUAUUUAUAUGAAUAAAUCUAUCACGGAUAUGAUAAGCAAAUAUACAAACUUUGUAGAAGAAGAACUUAAAUUAUUUUUGGAAUUGUUGGUACCAAUGUUUUUUAAUUUGCGUGAAAUUGUAAGCGACUACUCUGAAAUAUUGAAUGAAAACAUUAGGUUGGCAGUAAACAAUCCAAUAAAAGUAAUACCAAAGGARUUCAUUAAUCAAUUUGGAGAUAGAUUCGCAAUAAAUGAUGCUGCAAUUAAAAUGUCUGACAAACAUAUGGAAAUGAUAUACAAGCGAGAAGAAAGACUAAGUUCUGAUGCAAAAAAAUGGGCUGAAAAAUCAAUUGAAGACUUAAAAAAUUCUGAAAAGCAAAGAUUUUGGAUGGUAUUUGAAGAAAUAACAAAAUAUUGCGAUAAUGUAUCAUCUUGGCUUAAAGCAUUAAAAAAUCUAUAA